UUUCAUGAACUUAGGGAGAAGUGAGAAACUUGGACUAACUGGAUGCCCAGUGCAAUCUGUAGGACUUCUCAGUACAAGCAAGCUUUAUGUCCUACAUGGAAAGACAAUGGCAUUUGUUCCACAGUUUUUAGACCAGCAGCAGUUUUACUUGGCUCUUGAUGUAAAUCUCCUGGUGGACAUCUUCAAACACGAUGUAGCGUACCUCCGCUACAAUUGGCGUGAGGUCGGCCGUCCAACCUUAGUCAUGACAGUAACACACAGCAUGUUCGAGAAUAAACAACUCCAGUCUGCACUUCUAGCAACAAUUCGUAAAGUUCGUACCGGGUACUUCAAUGGAGUCCAGGUUCUGAUGCGAAGUCUGUCCGAGUUCCUCAGCACGGCUUGCGUCAAUCAACUUACAUUUUUAGAAACCUCAGCAAAAACUUCCCUUAUUAACGAAAUGAACGAGUCCACCCCCUUGCUGAAUCUCCCAAGUGUGAAACAUGUAGCUUCAUUGGAACAUAAUCCCGACUGGAACCGGAGAACCGAAGUGUUGCGCAAACGACGCCUGUCUGGCACCGUUCAUCAGUUACUUCAGCGGACACGGUCCAUUGAUUUGAGCGAAGGGUCAGGUAGGAAUGUAACAAGCUGUAUUAGAUGGAAUGGCAGAUGCAAUCUUAGAUACACAGAAGCAAUGUGUGCCGAGAUCUUGCAAGCUGCCAUUGCUUUCACAGCUCACUUUGACCUUUGACCUUUGCUGUUUCUGCUUGCACAUACCCAAUAUUUAUUUUACAGGUGGAAACUAACACACUAUGUUGCAUGCUUGUGUUAUGUUCAUUCAAAUACCCUAACUAUGUAGUUCAUGUUGCAUGUGCUUGGUGCAUAUAGUAUGUCAGUACUUUGCUUGCAAAUGUAUUAAGAGCUUUUUUUUUUUCAAUUUUUCAAAUUAUUU